UGACGUCACCUCAUGACAUCCAGUGAAGGCAAACCUCGUCGCGUUUGGCCGUCCUUUUGUUUUCUUUCCUCAGUUUUUUUCGAAGCACGAAGCGGAAAGUCGUGUCGCGUGGCCCCUGCCAGAAUGUGCGCUCGACACCAGACAGCCUCAACCUAGACCUGUGAUUUAAAAUCCUUGUUUUUGUGACACAAAGUGGCUAGUGCAGUGAGUGACCAUGGCUCGCCUUACGGAGGAAAUGGUGAUAGCUCGUUCGAAGCAGUCGGACCUGUCGGCUAUAAAGAAGCUAAAUUGCUGGGGCGCGGAGCUCGGUGACGUCAGCCUGCUGCGGCGGAUGCCCAACGUGGAGGUGCUGGCGCUCAGCAUCAACAAGAUCCGUUCGCUGGACGACUUCUCGUCGUGCCGCUGCCUGCGCGAGCUGUACGUGAGGAAGAACGAGAUCCGCGACCUCAGCGAGAUCCGGCACCUGCGCCGCCUGCCCGCGCUGACCUCCCUGUGGCUCGAGGAGAACCCCUGCACGCAGCACCCGCAAUACCGCAUGACGGUGCUGCGCAACCUGCCGCGACUGGAGAAGCUCGACAAUGUACCCGUCAACCCCGACGAGGUGCAGGAGGCGAUGCGGCGCGGCCUGCACAUACCAGACUCCGAUGACGAAGGGUACCCACCACAGCAAGACCAGUACACGGAGUGUCGCUCCGUGCGCUCCUCGCCGAGCCCCGAGCCUGCGCUGCUGCGGCGCCACGAGGGCAGCGACAGCUCCGAGCCUCCGCCCGAGCCUCCUGAGCCUGUCGCCGAAGAGAACCACCAGGCGGCGUCCCCCCCCGCGCGCCGCUCGCCCCCCCGCGUGCGCCGCGAGACUCCCAUGACUCGAUCACACUAUGAACGCAGCCCCCGCGCGCCCUCCCCCGAGCCCGGCGCGCUGCGCCACAGCGUGUCCGCCAUCAGCGUCAAGGAGUACUCAUACAGCGCGGACGGCGAGCGCGGCGUGACGUCACCACUCUACAGUGAGACCUACGAGCGCCCGCACGACCGUUGCGAGUCCUACCAGCAACUCCCGCGCUGCGCGGAGUGGGAGCGAGACAACAGCGCGAGAGAGCGGGAGCGAGACCGCGAGUGGGAGCGGGACGGCACUAACAGCACGCGGGAUAGGGACUCGCGCGAGUGGGAGCGAGAGGGAAAUAGUGCGCGCGAGCGAGAGGGGUAUACCAGUGCGGUGAUGGCCGAGCAUAGAGGGUUUACAAGGAGACCGGUCACUAGGAAUUCGAACCUGCUAUCGGCGGUGCUGUGCCUGGUGAAGGAGCUGGACUACCCGAGCCUCGAGGUCGCCGAGAUGGCCGUCAGAUGCCGAAUGGAUGAACUAGCGAACAGUCAGUGACCUUGCGCGGCGGCGAGCGAGCCACCCUCGACCUUACCGCCCCAAGAAUAAGCACUAUAAUCCAGUGCGGUGUAAAUAUUGAACUUGCCAGCAAGUAACUAGAAUACGGCACGAUGAUUGGUUGCAAUUUAGUGAGCUGUCUUCUGAUUGGUUACUGAUUGUUUUGGAAUUGCGCUCAUUGGUCGAAGACCUUGCAUAAGUAUGCCGCACAGAUAGAAUGGAAUUAGAUUAUUAUUUCUUUUAUGUGAUAAUGGUGAGGAUGUGUAAUUAAAUUAUGUGCAAUAUAAAAUUGGCCGAUUAAAUUAUACAAUUAAAUGAAAUGUAACACUAAGAGUUAUAUGUAUAUAAGCGUAUGGAUAAAUGGAUAUUGUUAAAAUGAUAUGAAGUGAAAUCUAUGGAGCGCAGGAUGAAAAAUUAAUUGGUUAAACUGUAACUUUAAUUUGAAAAUAAGAAUGUAUUGAUGGGUACUGUAGCUGGUAUAAUUACGUUCAAAUAUGAGGCAAGUUAGAACCUUGUCACGGUAGCUUAAUAUGUGCAAUAAGUAGGUUCAUUAUACUCGUCAGCCAUUCGUCCAUUAGUUGUGUACAAACAUCAUAGUUUACCGUGACAGGGCAUGCAGAUAUACAGGGCGACAAUGUACAAGAAUACAAUAUGUUUGUACUUACAAUUUGUUGCAAAGAAUCAUAACCCCUCUCAGUACCAAAGUCACUGUGAGAGUGGUCAGGUGUCUAUGGCGGCCACUGUACGUGGAGAGAAAAACAUAAGUCGCGGUCCGAUAUUUGUUGUUUUAUGUGGUUCUUCCAUCGUUGGUUUUCAUCAUAAAUUGUUAAGUUUUUUUUUAGAUAAUCAAUUUUUUUUACCUUGUAACUAACGUCUUUAUAUUCGGAUGACGGUUAGCCACUGCCUGCAUAUGGUAUAAUAUGGGUUAAAUAGGUAUAAGGGUCUAAAGGGACCUUAAUGAACUAAAACAUAAGGUAGCUUUUUUUACAAAUAGAGUUCCAUUGUGAUAUUUAUUUUAAAUUUUAUAUCUGUAUUUGUAAUGUUGUAAUGUGAUUCAUUAUUUAUCUUAAAUUUUCGAUUGAUUAAAAUUUUUAAACUUAAAGUUAAGUAAGUACUUACUAAAAUAUGGAUUAGUGGAAAUGUCCUUUGUGUAUGUAUGUAGGUGCUUCGCUUAUAAUAAUAAUAAUAAUGAAUGUGUGUUCAAUAGUGACCUCGUGAAUACUGGAGUAUGUACUAAGUGCUAUUAAUUAAUAAUAUGAAUCAAAUGAAACUGUUGUAUAUUUGUGCAAUGAUGGUUCCUCUCUCCAGUAUCUCACAGCAUGCACUAGACUUGCGGUCACCCUGUAUGCGUAUACCUACUGUGAUGUUCGAGUGUUGUCUUUAAUUUAAUCAUGUCUGCCCCUGUCAGUCUACCUACAAUUGUUAUGAACUGUAAUUAGUGAACGAGUGACCUGCAUUUUUUUAAUUUUCUAUGACCAGUGACCUCAUUAUCUUGGGUGGUUUAACAGCUAGUCACCAUGUAGGUAUUUCAUUCCAUAGCCUAUGAUUGCUAAUGUAUAGUCUUUGUAUAGUAUGACUGUGAGAUAUUACGGAGGAGGCGGGUGCAUGGCUAUGACCUUAGCUGAAUAGUUUUAUACACCAAAAAUAUAUUAAUUAUGAAACGAUGUGAGGACAAAAUAGUUAAGAGCCUAAAAUUUAAUGAUUUUUAACUUAAUAUUAGGAAUGGAAUUAAUUGAUACAAUAAACUUGCCGUAAACAUG